UCGGUCAAGCCUAUUCGUCGAAGACGACCGACAAAUCUGUUCUCCGCUUUUUCUUUUCUUUCGGUCUGUCCAUCUAUCAAACUCCGAAGAGAAAAGGCAGCGAAGGAGUGCGUACGUGCGUCACGGAAAGGCCCAAAUGGCCUCCCGUGUUUACGAUCGCUCGCUCAACCCGACGUGACACUCGGCGACCAACGCUUUCUGAUUCACGAGCCGCACUCCAACAACGGACGCAGAACUACGCCGACGCAGGCGACGGCGAAACUAUGGAGCCCGCAACGAGAGCUGUGUCGCCGCCUGCUCCGACCGGUGAUCCUCACGUCGUCUACGACGAACUUCUCCCGGUCCUCGUCCAGUGCUUCGCGAUAAUCCUUUUGGGCUACUCCUCGGGCCGUUUCGGACUCAUUGGGUUAGCUGAAACGCGGAGCCUCAACGUGUUCGUGUCCUACUUCGCGCUGCCGGCUGUCGCCUUCAAGUCGCUGGCUACCAUCGCCCUCGGGCAAGUCAACUGGAAGUUCCUUGCCGCCCUAGCCCUGGGGAAAGCCGCAGUGUUCGUGGCGGUCGCGGCCGUGACCCUCUUGCUCGUGCGACGGCCCCUGUCCUUCGGCAAAGCGGGCUUGUACGCUAUCGCGGCGACGCAGAGCAACGACUUCGGUCUCGGCUACCCGCUUAUCUCGCACCUCUUCGACAGGACCCAGCCGACGUUCAGCCACUACCUCUACCUCGUGUCGCCGAUACAACUCGCCUUCCUCAACCCGAUCGCUUUCCUCAUGAUGGAGUACAGCCGAAGCGACAGCGAAGACAGCCCGUCUCCCAUCACUCGUCGAGUCCUCUUGACCGUUGCUGGUAUCUUCAAGAACCCCGUCGUCCUGGCGCCCGCACUGGGGAUCCUCUGGAACGUCGCCACGAGCGCCUGCGCCCUGCCGUACGUCUUCCAGAUCAUUGUCGACUCGUUGGGAGACGCCUUCAUCGCGUCUACACUCUUCCUUCUCGGUCUCAACAUGGUUGGGCAGCUCAGCUCCAUGGGCAAGUAUGCGGCCCUCACGCCCGUCCUCCUCAUUGCUGCCAAGAUCCUCGUCUGUCCACUGGUCAUCCGGGAGAUUGUCAACCUCCUCCAGGUGUCAUUGAACGAAAAGGACGCCAGGGACUUCGGCAACUUUGGCUUCCUCUACGGCAUGAUCCCGAUGGCGCCCAGCGUCUUCAUCUUCACCACGCAGUACGGGCUGCCCACGGCCGCCGUGUCGACAGCCAUGGUUGCCGGGACUUUUUUGUCGGCGCCCUUCAUCUUUAUCUCGGCCACCAUGAGCCAGAUCUCCAGGGGUGGGCUGCGCAGCUUCUUUACGACCAUGGGCAAUACCAUGGUCUACUCCGGGGCCGUCAGCACCGUCUGCUGUCUCUGGCUCCUGGUGGUGCUUGGCCGCAAGCGCCACAGCAUCACCCAUGGAACAACCUUCUUCCUCGUUGUCUGCCAACUGGCCACCGCUGUCGGCGGCGUCCUGUGGAUCGCGUGCGACCCCCACGAUCCAUCUUCCACAAUUGGCUUUGUUCAGUCUGCCCUGUCCAUCACUGGAAUCUUUGCGUCCAGGAUUUGGACGGCCAUCGUUGCCGCCCUGCUCAUGCUCCUUCACUGGAGGAGUCUGUGCUUUGUACUCCGGAUGAAAUGGCUCGUUGUCGUCUUUGGCUUUGGAUCUUCGUUUCUCGUGGCCCUGUCCCUCUGCCUCAGCAUACCGAAGAGGGGAUCAAGGCUUGGGACCGCAGAUCCAAACUUCCAGUUUGGAGACGUGCAGGCGAUUGUGGCUGUCGGUGUUCUACUCAGUAGCUUGGUUGUGACCAUUGUCAGCAUGGUGUUCCAACAACGGUUCCGAAUGCAAACAAGAGGCUACGCUCCACUGGGCAGCGGCAGUGACGAUGAGGACGAUCGGACAGCACAGACAGAUGUUACAAGCUCGCCGGCAUGUUCUUCUAAUAGGUCCUCUAGUGAGCAAGACCUGAAAGUCACUAAAAAGAAGGACGACUCCUGCACCGGAGACUGUGAAAACUGUGGCAGCUGCUCUGGAGACGAAGACCACGCCGUCGCAGAUCUUGAAGACAUCCUCAACCAUUCCAGACGCACCAGGCACCAUUCCGGUUCUCCUUCACACAGCAGGUCUGCCAGGCAAACAACCAGUUUUGGAAUGGUUCAAAGUUCAAGCACCCACGGCUCCAUCAACACAAACCACCAGUCGGACAUUGAGACGCCAUCAUCGUCCCGAAUGGCUGAUCAAACCGCAGACCUCCUGUGUGGACCACAGUUCAACUGCGACAAAGAACAGGUCAAGCAGUGUCUCGCAAUCGUCGAGGCCUACCAUGAGAGGACUGGCCAGGACCGGAUACCUCAGGAUGAGGUGGUCGAGUUAGAGAGCUUCACUCCACCCGACGGAGAUCUGCACCAGGUCUUCCGCCAUCUAGUCCUCCUGCUCCUCCUGAGCGUCUCCAUGGUCGUCGGACUCGCAGUGUCUUUCUGGCAACUUUUGCUCACCGACGUUCCAACGGGCAUCUUGGUCGAGCUGGAGUUUCUGGAUAUUGUGCUCAAUUACGGACAGGGCAUGAUCACCUUCCUGGUCUUCGGACUAGACGCAAAAUGGCUGGUACGGCAGCUGUCCAACCUUUGGAACUGCAUCAUCCACGGACUCAGGAUGGGCCGGGACACCGGAGUGCUCACGCUUCCUCGAGAGGAUGAACUCCCGGCGGAGACGAGGCAGAUCUCCGUCCAGUUCCGGAUGUACCACUACGCCUCGUGCGUGGCCGACAUCACGGCACCGCGGCGGGGAUUGGACGGGACGGUGUUCCAGCUUGCGUUUGUAGGACGCGAGCUUGUGGACUGGCUUAUUGCUGUCGGACUCUGCCAAGACCGAACCCAGGCACUACGCUACGGCAAACGGCUCCUGGAGGGCAGGGUCAUCCGGCAUGCACUGGGCAGGCGACAUUUCCAAGACGAGCAGUACACAUAUGUCUUCCUGCCGUCACUAGCAACAAAUGUGUCUUGAAUUGAACCAUCGCUUCAAUUCAUCGUCGUCUGGCUUCUGGAAAAGCACCAUGGGCAGGACAGGUCAACCGUGGAACAAGCCUGUACCUCUUACUUUUUGCAAAAGUCAACACAGCACAAAGAGCCUAGAUUGUUACCAAAUACGGUGCACAAAAGAGUGGCAGAAGCAUGUUACGGUGGACACCUUCGACUGCUACCAGUGCAGCACAGCCUGUGGAUUGUUUACAAAAUCCACAGGUUCCUCUUAAUGCUGACUAUUGAAAGUAAGAUCAUCAGGGUCGACACAAGAGGAAGACUCCAGGUUACAACCUCUGCCACAACAAUGAAGGCACCCUGUACAGACCACCAUGUGCCCCAUCUGCUUUUGAUGAAUGAACCUUAGAGCAGGAUAAUGGAGAUGCCUCCAGAAGGGAAGAACUGCACCAAAACCCGUCUGCUACCGCUAGGAACAAAGCGAGAUCUCAAGGGACAUGCCUGCAAAGAGUUCUGAAGCAUUUUUGACAUUUUGUGUGUCUGUCUGUGUUCCUAUAUGUGUGCACAUUGUUAUAGCUUUUAUUUUUUGACAAGUGGUCUUCCUACCCGUCGUUUUACGGAGAGUAACUAUACAUUAGGAUGUCUUUCACAUCAGUCUCAUUUUAGUUGUGCACACUGUUGCAUAGGCAGUGCACCACUUGUUUUCAUAGUUUUGAGAAAGAUCUGUCACAAACCUGGGAACAUAAAGGAUCUCCAGUCCAGGAAGUAGUCA